AACAGCGGCCUCUCUCGCCACUUCCGUGCCACUCAUAUACAUACCCAACACCCACAGGCUUGGCCCUCUUUAUGAGCAAGCGCAUUACGCACCAUAUUUGGACUGUACCACUUUCCUAAGAGGGGAGGGGUAAUUUUUCAGUCGCUCUCGGAUCAGAACGAGACAAGGUAUCUAGCUUGGCCCCAGUUUCCGAUUAGAUACGAAAGGGAAAUGGGGUUUGGGUUGGUAGAAAGGCAAAAGAUGGGCGGUGCUGGCAGCCUGGGAGGGGCUUCGAAUGGGCUCUCCCCUACGCUGAUAAUGGGAGGGGCCAAGCUUGCGUCGUUCUCUCUCCUUUCCUUUUCCGCGCUGCGGCUGCAGCCAUGAGUAUGCUAAGGCUUCAAAAGAGGCUUGCCUCUAGUGUCCUUCGAUGUGGAAAGAAGAAGGUAUGGCUUGACCCCAACGAGACCAAUGAAAUUGCCAAUGCCAAUUCUCGUCAGCAAAUACGGAAGUUGAUUAAAGAUGGGCUUAUCAUCCGGAAGCCUGUUACUGUUCACUCCCGAGCCCGAUGCCGAAAAAAUACUCUGGCUCGACGGAAGGGGAGGCACAUGGGCAUUGGUAAGAGAAAGGGUACUGCUAAUGCCCGUAUGCCUGAGAAGGUGACCUGGAUGAGAAGAAUGAGGAUUCUGCGCAGGCUACUCCGAAGAUACCGUGAAUCCAAAAAGAUUGACCGACAUAUGUACCACAGCCUGUAUUUGAAGGUGAAGGGAAACGUGUUCAAGAACAAGCGGAUCCUCAUGGAGCACAUUCAUAAACUGAAGGCAGACAAGGCCCGGAAGAAGCUCUUGGCUGACCAGGCUGAAGCUCGCCGAUCCAAGACUAAGGAAGCACGAAAACGCCGGGAAGAGCGUCUACAGGCUAAGAAAGAGGAGAUCAUCAAGACUUUGUCCAAGGAGGAGGAGACCAAGAAAUGAUUCUCCCCUAUCUCCUCUGUAUAUAGUACCCUUCUAUUUGGCUCAUACAAUAAAAAUUGGUCAGUCUAUCAGUCUUAA